CUAUCUAGACCAAACUGUUUAAAUGAUCUCGUGAUCUCAUUUGACACGUGAUAACCCAAUUUAUAAGUUGAAAGCGAGGCAGACAGGCAUGAGUCAGUCAGGUUCUGCUUCCUCCUUAGGUUGGUUGGCUGUUUAUCUAAGAGGCGCCCAGAGGUGAAAAUGUUGAGGAGCUUGCUGUUCACAGUGAUUUGUGGGGCAGUAGUGGCCCUUAAAGACCCAAGCCUGGACAUGCACUGGCUGCUGUGGAAGAAGAAUCACAGCAAAACGUACAACAGUGAGUUGGAGGAGUUGGGUCGAAGAGAGAUUUGGGAGAAUAACAUACGCUUGAUCACCCUGCACAACCUGGAGGCCUCUUUGGGAAUGCACACAUAUGAAUUGGGCAUGAACCAUAUGGCAGACAUGACUAGAGAAGAGAUCCUGCAGAUGUUUGCUGGGACACAAGUACCUCCGAACCUAACAAGGAGAUCUUCUCGAUUUGUUGCCUCUGCUGGAGUUUCAGUACCAGAUUCAGUUGACUGGAGAGAUCAGGGUUAUGUAACAGAUGUUAAAAACCAGGGUUCAUGUGGUUCAUGCUGGGCCUUCAGUGCUGUUGGUGCGCUAGAGGGUCAGCUUAAACGUACUACGGGUCAGGUGAAAUCGCUCAGUGCCCAAAACUUGGUGGACUGUUCCUCUAAAUAUGGAAACAAAGGUUGCAAUGGAGGUUUCAUGAGCCAGGCCUUCCAGUACGUCAUUGACAAUGGUGGUAUAGAUUCUGAUGAAGCUUACCCUUACACUGGAGUGGAUGGACAGUGCAGGUAUGAUCCAUCACAACGUGCUGCCAACUGCUCCAGUUACGAUUUUGUUUCUCCAGGUGACGAGGAGGCACUUAAGCAAGCUGUGGCCACCAUUGGACCUAUUUCUGUGGCUAUUGAUGCUACUCGUCCAAUGUUCAUCUUAUAUAGAAGUGGUGUCUACAAUGAUGUUUCCUGCACCCAGAACGUAAAUCAUGGAGUGCUGGUCGUAGGGUAUGGCAGCAUGAAUGGAGAGGACUACUGGCUAGUGAAAAACAGCUGGGGCUCUCAUUUUGGAGAUGGAGGCUACAUCCGCAUGGCCCGCAACAAAGGCAAUAUGUGUGGCAUUGCAAGUUAUGCUUGCUACCCAAUAAUGUAGCACAGUUAAGCAGAAGCAGCUUAUCUUGGAUUCCUUGUUUUUCUAGUAUUGUAUUUUAUCUUUAUUUUAAAUUUUACUAAACGAAUUGAUCUUUGUACUUGAACAGAUAUUUUUGUAUAGAAACUGUGAUAAUAAAAACAUGAUUCUACCCCA